ACUUAUUUACGUUUGUUUAAUGGAAAGUUAGUGCUAGUGCUUAGCUUUGCGUUCAUUGUUGCGUUUGUGACAGUGCGUUUUGCAGAUUGAAUAAUAAUUUUUAGAUUACAAAUUAUAUCUACAAUUAAAUUAUUUCCUUCCACUAUUAAAAGUAUGCUACUGCAGUGAAACUAUAUAAUAGUCCAUAAUGUUGUCUAUGAGUGAAGCCAGCGCUUUACCCGGUGGUGUCGGUAUGUUGGGACCAUUUGACAGCCUAUACGAGCAACCGAAGCCUAGAUUCAUUUUCAAAAUGCCUAGAGUCGUACCUGAUCAAAAACAUAAAUUCGAGACCGACGAGUUAUUCAGACGCCUUAGCCGUGAAAGUGAAGUCAGAUAUACUGGUUACAGAGAUCGUCCACAGGAAGAACGUCAAAUUAGGUUUCAAAAUGGUUGUCGCGAAGGACACACCGAAAUUGCUUUUGUGGCUACCGGUACAAAUAUUCAAUUGGUAUUCAAUACGUCGUCAAAUGGUUAUCAUCACCACCAUCACCACAAUCAUCAUCAACAACAUAUGCCAAAUAGUUCGAGUAAUACGACCAUUCGCGAAACAGACUUCGAUAAAGAACACGGCAAAGUGCAUUUACGAUCACAUUUAAUUAUGAAUGGAGUCUGCGUUUGCUGGCGCGGUUGGAUGGACUUGGAAAGAUUGGACGGCGUCGGUUGUUUGGAAUUUGAUGAAGAACGGGCAGCUGUCGAAGACGCUUUGCUUCGGGAUCAAAUCGAAAGAUAUAAUCAAAGACUUCGUGAAUUUGAAGAACGCCAAAGAUCGUAUCGAGGUGGUGCGAUGUCCUCGCAUCCAGAACGUACUGGAAAUAAUGGCAGUGGUGGCAAUGGUAGUGCAGGUGGAAAUGGUCAACCCCUAGAAAUAUUCAAUCACGGAUAAACACACAUUUGAAAUCAAUAUAGAAAUUUUUUCAAAUUGUUCCAUAACUGGCGAAGAAAACUGGAAGUUCGUUUUACGAAGAAUGCCAAAGGCACGGAUGCCAUUUUUUGUCGCUGUAUUGUGUUUGAUAUACGUAUGGUUUUUUAUUCGCUGCCAUAAGGCGAUUGAUUUCUAAUUCUUGUACUUGAGCUGUUAUUCUUUUGUUUUUUUUCUUGUCAAAAUGCAAUGUAAUUUUAGUCUCGUGUGUUUGUUUGUACAUAAUUUAGGAUGUUAUUUAUAAGCUUGUCUUAUAAAUGAAGUGCGAUAGAAUUUGUGUUUUUCUCUCAGUGUGAAUUUUCACGAGUAUUAGUGCUCUACCUUCCUGUAUGGAUCAAAACGUUUUCAUUUUUAAAAUAUUUUUUUCUAUCCUACUUCCGAGAUGUAUAUAAGUAUAAGUAGGUAGGUACAUGUGAAUUUUAGUAUGUUGCAUAGGUACAAAGUAUUCGUAACGUCGAAUAAAAAGUUAUAUUAAAUAGGCUUCCAAACUUUUUUGGGGUCAAAAAUAUAUUUUUAUAAAAAUAU